AAGCCGGGAGUUUUCAUCCAGCUGAUCGAAAAUGGCGGACGAUGCGAGCAACGAGGAUUCCUGGCUUUAUGGGGAUUCUAACCCUGAGCCCCCUGAAAAAGAGGAAAAUUCGGAUGAAAAUGGAACCCCAACUAAAGAUGAAGUAAAGUUUGAGAGUCCUGAGGACGAAGUACAAGAUGAAACGACUGAUGAAGCAGUCAAAGCCGCAACAGAGCAAGAAAUCAACGGGGCAGAUGGAAGAGCAACCCCUACCGAGGAUGAGGUCACGGAUGUGGCUGCGCAAGGUAGUGAUGCGGCAACACUUGAAGAGGGUGAAGCUGAAGAAAAGGACGCUGUUGCCAAAGAAGACAAGGAUGAAGGAGAAGAUGACGAUGAUGAUGAUGACAGCGAUGACGACGUUCAAGUCACCAUUGGAGAUAUCAAAACAUCAACCACCUAUGCUUCUUCUAUGAAUAUGAAAAGGGGUCCAAGUGACAAAGCAAAGCAACAACAGCAAGGCAAAUUCUCCAUUGACGAAUUUGAGGCAGUUGGAACCAUCAAUGGUGUGCCUGCUCAUGAGUUCAAUUUGGAUUCUCUGGAGGAUAAGCCAUGGCGAAUGCCUGGUGCAGACAUAACAGACUACUUCAACUAUGGAUUCAAUGAGGAUACAUGGAGAGCCUACUGUGAGAAGCAAAAGAGGCUUAGAAUAAAUGAAUCUGGGGUUGGUCUCACUGGAAUCGGUGCCAAUCCAUCAGUAACCUCCGGAAAUGUUGUCAAGACCUUGACUGGAAGCAUUCCUGUUUCAAUUGUGAAUGAAAAUUCCAAAUAUGCUAGUAACCUAGCUUUGAAAAGAGCUGGUCCUCCACCUGGAAGGAAAGGAGGUGGAUCGAUUGAUGUAAUCGGAGGAGAGAGAGAAGGGCAGAUCACUGUCAUGGGAAGUGAAGGAAGGCCAGACUUCUCAGGUUCUUACCCCAAUUUGAAUGUUCCCCCGCCUGGGUUUGGUGCUCCAAACUUUGGAACAGCAAAUUACAGCGGAGCAAACGAAUACUACCCUACUGAGGCUGAUCCUUACUACAACAAUUAUGAACCCACUCAGGAGCACCAAUGGAACAAUCAGCCUCGCUGGGAGAACAGAGGCUCUGCGACCAAUGUGGUUGUGCCACUUGGAGUGCAAGAUGAAACCAGCAGGCAGAGCAAGGACUCUGUGGGUGACAAGGAUGAUGAAAAAUCGGAGAAAAAAUCCAGACACAAGCACAGAUCUAGAUCUAGAUCAGGCGAGCGCAGCAACAGGAGCGGCAAGAAACGAAAGAGUAGAUCUCGUAGCCCCUCUCACAGACACAGGAGCAAGAAGAAGAGUAGACGCAGUGACAGGGAUGAUGAUUAGGUUAGGCUUCACUAAUAAUUAAAAUUACGAACAUUCAUAAAAA